CUAACUUCACUAUAGACCAAAGUAGACUGAUAAAAAAAAACUUCCCGUAGUAGUAGAAUAAUGGCGACUUGGGCCAAGUUAGGCGUUAGUUUGCGGAAUGCAGUCAGACGUUUCUGGCCUCUCAGAAACGUAGGGUAUGGUCGUGCUAUUGGAGCGGGUCUUCUGGGCACUGUUUUAGCAAACGGAUUCAUUCACUAUAAAAAUGAACCGCGAUGGAGACUUUGGCCACACAUCGUGCACGCGGAGGACGCGAAGAAAGAGGAGAUCAAAGUACCACCAGUGUCCAUGAGACGCCUGCGGUUUAACCAGUUUGCCUCUAUGAUCUAUGAAGAAGAGCCAUACAUGACACCCAGAGACUUCCUCCAUUCAGUCCUGAUGGAGAAUGUGGAUUGCAAACUAAAGAAAAAGAUGCUGACUAAAGCAGAUGUGGACGAUAUGAUAAGGGUGGCUUCCAGGGCUGAGGCAGGAAAUAACAUGUUCAGAGGAAUCGGAGACAAAGGGCUGAUCUCUUACACGGAGUACCUGUUUCUCCUCACUAUUCUUACAAAACCUGAAACAGGAUUUCAUAUUGCUUUCAAAAUGCUUGAUAUUGAUGGCAAUGAGCAUGUGGACAAGAAGGAAUUUCAGAAGCUGAAGAAAAUAAUUAGACCGAGAAAAGAGCUUCUAAGGCAGGAUGGGACAGAGCUGUCUCACAUUGUUGAUGAUGUCAACACUACACUCGAGGUGUUCUUUUUUGGGAAAAAUGGCAAGAAUAAACUUCAUUACAAAGAUUUCUGCAGAUUUAUGGAAGACCUGCAGGCAGAAGUGCAAGAAGUUGAGUUCCUGCGGUUUUCUAACGGGAUGAAGACCAUGAGGCGGGAGGACUUUGCUGAGUGGCUGCUUCAUUACACCAAUGAAGAGAACAAUGAGGCAUACUGGGAAAACAUGAGAAAGAGGAUCCCCACUGGAGAGAGUAUCUCCUUUGAUGAAUUUAAAGAAUUCUGUCUCUUUACCUACCAUCUGGAAGACUUUGCCUUCUCAGUCAAAAUGAUUAAUGAAGCCAACAGGCCAAUAGGAAUGGCUGAGUUUAAGCGAGCAGUGAAGAUAGCGACGGGUCAUGACCUUUCAGAGAAUGUUCUGGACACCGUUUUUAAGAUCUUUGACCUGGACGGGGACAACUGUCUGAGCCAUAAGGAGUUCCUCGCUGUGAUGAAAGACAGAGUUCUUCGUGGACUCCGGGUUCAGCACCAGUAUGGUAUUUCUGGUUAUUGGAAAUGUGUGAAAAGAGAGACACUGCAAGGAGCUCAAGAGGCUCUCCGUAAAACCGGCAGCCCUGUCUGACUCAGGAAGAGGUCUGCCUUUGAGCGUGUCGCUGGUCAGAUGUGGUGAUGCAUGCAAUUCCUUGUAUGUCUGUGGAGGAGAAUGGUACAUAAUUAAUACAAGCACCAGGGAUUGUUAGUUGUACUGUCAGUAUACUUUUCCUUUAAAAUGUUUACAUGGUCCAAAGAAAAUAUUGCUUUUAAAGCAAUAUGACUUUUGGGCCAAAACCUAAAAAAGAAACAAUAUUCAUAUUAAAAGUUAAUGACAUGACUAUGAGCUUUAUUGAAAAUCUGUGAAAUGUUUUUUCACCUUGAAUUUGUGAAAUGGCCUUUGCACAGUCCAACACUGUCAGUUAUUUUUUUUUAUUUUUUUUUUGGUUAUAGGAAAAAUGUUUUUAAUCACAUAUAGCCAUAAUUUUACUUUGGAUGUGGUGGUGUUUACAUAUCUGUAUGUGAAACUUUGCUGUUAUGUAAACUUGUAACAAAUUACCCUGUGGAUAAGAUGCAUGUAAUGCAGAUUAUUUGAAUUAUGCAAUUAUCCCCACAAAUUGCUUUUGGGACUGUUUUUUGGUUAAAGAGAUGAGCAGUUCCACUUUUAGUGUGCUCAUUGUAAUUGUAUUUAAAUGAGUCUUGUCAGAUUGUGAUGGAUGGUGAAAUACAGGUUUAUUUCUUUAAAUUGUUAGACUCUGUGUGAUAUUUGUGAGGAUAGUUGUUUAAUCUGUGGAAUCAGUGUUUUUUUUCGGGGGUGGUAUUUGGUGUAUUGUAUACAUGUUAUUUUCUGGGGCACUUUAUUAUAUUAAAAAUACUACUUUUGUAGUGUUAAAAUUGCAUUAAUUUUCCAUUAAUAAAAGAAACGAAUCAUG